AUGGGGAAGGAACAUAUUGCUCAGCAGUUCAGACCGGUAACUUCGAAUCCGACGUUGGAUUUGCGGGGCUCAAUGGAUAUGCAGCCACUUCAGACCUUUCUAGUAAAGGCCUCCGAGCUGUCGGUGGCUUAUAUGAGUGACAGAAAGACAGAAGAAGCCGCAAAGAAUCUGAGAGCGACUGUAGAGACAGUCAAAAGAAAUGCGAAAUCUGCAGCUGGCGCAACAGAACCUUUUGGGGCGUUAGUCGUCGACUUCCUAGAUCGAGGACUCUGGAGGGCGGCAGCAGAACUAGGAACGAUCUUAAUCGAGGCGCAGGCAGAGUUACUUGGCCAGGAAGAUCCUCUUACUCUAACAGCGAAGGGCAAUCUUGUAUCGGCCUACUGCGGUCUCGGCCGCUGGCAAGAGGCGAUCGAUCUUGGUGACAAAACGACUACGGCGCGAAAACGAGUUCUUGGAAUUGAGCAUCCGCAAACAUUAACGUCGAUGUCGAAUCUCGCUUCAGCGUAUCGUGGUUCAGGACGGUGGAGAGACGCCGAAUUGCUGCAGCUUGAAUUGGUCCGAACCAAGACCAGAAUAUACGGUCGAAAACAUCCGUCGACAUUGAGCUCUAUAGGAAAUUUGGCAGCCACAUACGAUAGCAUGGGACGAUAUAACGAAGCCCAGAGUCUUGAGGAAGAGCUGGUUGAACAAGGCAGAAUAGCGCUGGGCGAGACACAUGGAUCAACUCUUACAUGGAAAUCCAACUUGGCCUCUACCUACCGCGAGCAAGGGCGAUUGAAUGAUGCCGAAAAACUAGAAUCAGAAGUCUUGGAAAAAAGGAAAAGCCACCUGGGCGACAACCAUCCCCUCACACUUACGUCAAUGACGAACUUAGCCACCAUAUAUCGUGAGCAGGAUCGAUUUGAACAAGCAGCGAAGCUUGAAGAAAUGGUAUUGGACAGGUUUCGUAGCGUUCUCGGUGAGAAGCACCCAAAUACUCUUAUGACAACCAGCAAUCUCGCGUCCACCUAUUGGAGUCAGGGCCGUCUGGAUGAUGCUGCCAGCCUGGAGACAAGGGCCGCAUCCGCAAUGAUAGCGGUGUUGGGAGAAACUCAUCCUGUCACUCUCACAUCGCAGGCGCGACUAGCCAUGAUUUAUCACAGUCAAGGUCGAUAUGACGAAGCAGAGACAUUGACCCUUCAAGUGCUGCAGACAAUGCAAGGCAGUUUUGGGGAGAAACACCCCCAUACUAUUACUGUCAUGGCUAACCUGGGCUUCAUAUAUCAAUCGCAGGGAAAGUGGGACGACGCAGAGAGAGUUCUCGAAGUCGUUGCCCACAGAAGAAAGGAGAUACUAGGCGAGUCACAUCCAGAGACCGUUGCCUCAACAGAAAAUUUGAGCGGGAUACAUCGAAUGAGAGCCAUUGAAUAG